AUGUCGGGUGGUCGCCGCACAGAUCAAGAAAUGUGCCUUCAUCUGUUCACAUAUUAUUCACGAAUAUCUAAUUUAAAAACAUGUGCUGGUAUUAUCAGUCCGACAGCAGAUUCAACUGCACAAUUGCAGACUUUCUACAGUACAGCUGCACGAUUCGUUACUUAUGGUAGUGCAGGAUUUUAUACUAUAAUGACCAUGGCGAGUUUACCAACGUAUACAGAUCUAAAUAUGACUACAUGUUUGCCUUAUUCAAAUAGUAUUACCACGACCAAUGCUAUAGCGACCAACAAUGGUAUACCAACUAGCACUAGCACAACUAAUUCCAUUACCAGCAAUGGUACUACAACCACUGCGAAUAAUAAGAGCAAUUUGGUCAUCCCACAAAGUACAUUGGUAUUGUUCUUUUUGUGGAUUUCAUGUGCAAUCAACGGAUUACUUGAUUAG